GUUCAAUCAGCAAUAUUAAUGACAAAAUUGUUUUGUAAACUUAGUUACUCUGAAUAGAUAUCAGUGGAGAGAUCGCUGGAGAGUCUCGUGUUGCUCUCUUUUGUCAUGUUUUCUCUCACACCCAUCUCAUCUGUAUAAAUACUGAAUCUGCAAGAAAGGAAGGAGAAGAGAGUUUGGAGAUCCAAAAGUUUGCCUCAGGAUGAUCAGAAUAGCCCAGCUAUUGUGUCUUGCUGGCCUUCUUCUACAGUGUGAAGGUCAGGGUCUCCAAACAUGCCUCACUCACCCCACAUACAGACCGGCAGAAAAUGCCGAUAUAACAGUGGUGUGUGGAACCAAUAAUAUGUUUUUAAGAGUUCUCAUUUGUCCAAUGUAUUUCGGGGGGUACAACGAAUCACUAAUGGCGCUCAAUGCUAAGUUUAACGUCCCAUCCUGCUAUGGAGUAGCGGACUGGACUGUCAAUCCUCCUGUCUUGCAGUUUAACUUCUCAAUCUCUCAGGAGGCGCUCACCCUCUGUGGCAACAAUAUGAACAUUACAAGUCAAGUGGGAUCAGGAAUUUUCUCAGACUUCUCCCAAAUCCAGUCCGUAAAUGUGUCCGGAUUAAUCAACUCCUGGGAUCCCAGCACCAGCACUAUCACUUACAGGCAACAACUGAUGUACCAGUUUUCGUGUCUGUAUCCACUGCAGUAUUUAGUCAACAACACUGAGCUCAGCGUGUCAGGAGUGAGUCUAGCAGUAAAGGACAACAAUGGCACAUUCAUCAGUACUCUAAGCAUGGGACUUUUCAGUACUGCCGACUAUUCUACCAGACUCCUGAUACCAGGAUCUGGGCUGCAGUUAAAGACUCGCAUAUAUGUGCAGGUCAAGGCAACAAAUCUUACAAACAAGUUCAAUGUGUUGCUGGACCGUUGUUAUGCCACAACAAGCCCAUAUCCAGCCUCCAGCACCUCUUAUGAUCUUUUUGUUGGGUGUAUUCGUGAUGCCCAGACAAGGAUUGAUUGGAAUGGGAUGUCUCAGGUAGCUCAGUUCUCCUUUGAGGCCUUCCGCUUUGUGGAACACAAAAACCUGUCCAUCUCCACUUUCUACCUGCAUUGUGCUACCCGACUCUGUGAGAACUCCACUUGCGCCUCCUUGCUUCCGAGAUGCACUAGGAAAAGAGAAGUACAAGCUCCAGAGUACAACACUACAUCUGAUGUUGCCACUAUCACCUCAGGACCAAUCACAACAAGAGUUGACAACAGUGGCCCUUUGACCAGUAGACUUACCGCAUCAGCAUCCGUCCCUCAGCUCACGUAUGUUGGUGUAGCCACUGGCUUGCUGAGCUUCUUUCUAUUUGACUGGUUGUCUACAUCAGGACUUGCACAGUGAUCUACAUCAGGAUUCAGGAAUUCCUCAUCACUUGACUGAACAUAACGUUUUUUAGAAGAUAUCUCACCUGUUACAUAAAUGUGAGAAAAUUUAUUAUGUGUCGGUUAUUAGCUCUUCUAUUUUCCAAUUUAAUGAGGUAAAUAGACUAUGGUCUUGUAAUUUUUAUUUUCUUUUUGUUCUCUGUUCUAUGAUUUUUUAAUGAGAACAAGAAAAAAAGAAACAUAUUCACUAUGUAGUUUACAUAUUUUUGUGCUUUCGUAAAGUCUAUAAUGCAUGUAAAACUGCUUUGGGGACUAUGAAUGUAACAAUUUAACAUUUAAACUUGAAUAAAAAUAUUAGAACCUG